UGGAUGAGUGAGAAUGUGCCAUUUGGAAAGCAGAGGGUUAUUCCAGUGGAGUCUCCAAGAUGAGGGGGGAAAAUCCUUGACACACACUUUUACUGCGGGCAGGGAAAGCAGGGGAUGAGACGAGUCUUAACAUACUCAAAUAAAGGCCGCGUAUGGAGCCGGGGAGGUUGCGUGAGAAUCCCCCCGGUUCUGGUGAGCCCGAGGCCGGGGACUGGAGGGGAGAGACUCCCGGUGUAGAGGCAGAUGAGGAGCUGAAACACAGCGCUGUGGUCAGCAGCAAUGGCCCAGCAUCCGAGGCUGGGUGUGUCGAGACCGGUGGGAUCAGGGAUGAAGAGGAGGAGGAGGAUCAGUACAAAGACGAAGAACUGGACCCCAGAAUACAGGAGGAACUGGAGCAUCUCAACCAGGCGAGUGAGGAAAUUAACAGACUGGAGCUUCAGCUGGAUGAGGCACGGUCGAGCUACAGGAAAAUCCUCACCGAGUCAGCACGCAAACUUAACGCUCAGGGCUCCCAGCUUGGUGCGUGCAUAGAAAAAGCCCGGCCGUACUACGAAGCCCGUAGACUAGCAAAAGAGGCCCAACAGGAAACGCAGAAGGCGGCACUGCGCUAUGAGCGUGCCGUCUCCAUGCACACGGCUGCGAGGGAAAUGGUGUACGUGGCUGAGCAGGGCCUCCUGGCUGACAGGAACACGCUGGAUCCAACCUGGCAGGAGAUGCUCAAUCACGCAACAGCCAAGGUGAACGAGGCUGAAGAGGAGCGUCUGCGGAGCGAGAGAGAACACCAGCGAGUCACACAGCUGUGUCAGGAAGCUGAGGCGCGAGUACAGACUCUUCAGAAAGCUCUCAAGAGGGUCAUCAUCAAGUCUAAACCAUACUUUGAACUCAAGGCUCAGUUCAACCACAUCCUGGAGGAGCACAAGGCAAAGGUGGUCCAGCUGGAGGAGCGGGUGGCGAAGGUAAAGACACGCUACUCCGUUGCUCUCCGUAACCUUGAACAAAUCAGCGAGCAGAUCCACGCCCAGAGGGGGCGUGCUCGAGCAGCCAGGCAGCGGAACAGAGCCCGCGGAGGGCGGAGUUCCCCAGUAGGGGCGGAGGCCGAGGGCGUGAUACAGGCAGGGGCUUAUGGCGGAGUAGGGGUGAGUCUGCUGGAUAACGAUUGGGCAGAUCAGGAGAAAACCAGGCAGUGGGUUGAGAAGCACAGGGAGGAGGGGUGGGGCCAAAGGGCUGAGAGGGCGGGGUCAGACUCGCUGUCCAUCAUCAGCCUGCAGACCAUCGCCUCAGACCUGGAGAAGUGCGACUCAGUGGAGCACCUGGGCGACUUGAGCGACGUCAGUAGUGUGAUCGGAGAGGAGAGGGAGGGGGAGCGAGAGAAAGAGAGAGCGAAUGUGUUCAGGCAGGGAAAAGAGAAUGAAACGGGGGCCUCAGGGACUGAACGACCUCAGAGGGAUCGAGAAAACUUCGUUAAGCAACACCACAGAAGUGUGAGCUUGUAAGAAGUACUGAUAUAAUGCACCUUAAACCUCAAGGUCCAUGCCUUUACUUCAGCCUUUCAUGCCUUCCUCUCUACUCUCUCGGAGGCAGUGUUACAGUUCUCACUGUCUCAUAAAACGGCUUUUCAUUGCACUCACAGACAGAGAUGUAAUAGACAGAACGCAGCGUGAGUGAGAGGAAAGCGUGAAAGGCUGCAACGGAAGGCAUCGAAACGCUCUAUCAACUCCUCCAGGACUCCCGCUCGGCAGCAGCGGCUGAGAGAUAGAAGUCAUAUUUAGUCAGUAAUGACGGGAAGAAACUGAAUAAUAUAGCGGGAGAAACACGUAAUGACUACUUGGCAUGGCGUCGUUUCUGUAAUGCUGCAUAUAGAGCAGAGCGUAAUGUUACAUUUUUCUCCAUAUUAAUGAAUAACAAUAAGGGAAGAAACAGAGGGGGCGACUCAUCGUGUCCUCUGGGGUUUGUAGUUCUCAUGCGCUGAUUCUCACUCUCACUUCAGUCAUAGCAAGAAGGGAAAAAAAGGGGGAAGAGACAGGGUGAUAAAAGAAAGACAGAGUGUAACUACAGUCUAACACACAGAUUGUAUAUAGAUCCCAGUGCACAUCGUGGAUCAGGGGCUAAAAAUAGUAUCAGGUUGUUUGCUGUGUGAGAGAGAGAGACUUCAGUGAUUUAUCACUUUGAGUUAUGCUGCUUUCGUGUCAGGCAUAUGCUGUAAUAUCCAUGCAGUCACUGGAAUCAGUUUGAGCUAAAAAAAAAAAGCUGAAACCCAUGAAAAUGGAAUGAUGUGCUUUGGUUUGACUGUGAAAUGGUACGUCGCUGUUUAAGCCACAUUUCGAAAGUGGAUUCGUGAGCGUUUUGAAGAAAGGGAGCUGUUCUGGAGUGCCUUUCUUCCAUGUCUAGGCUAGUUCUUACUGAAUGAGUGUUUCAUUUGAAAAUGUCAGUAUGCUGUCCUGAGGUACCGCCUUGUAUUUAUAGAAUAUUGUGGCAUUUAUCAUAGUUCUGAGUAACAUAUCUUACUGAACGUAUUAGUCUUGGCUUAUUUAUAUUUAUUUACUUGAGUGUUACAUAGUCAGUGCCACAUUAGUACUGGAUUUUUUUUUUUAAAUAAUGUAUAAUAAAUACAUGUUUACAAGUACGGUUUUGGAAUAGCUGGAUCGCUGGCAAGAAUUAAAGAUGCACUUAGGGAAAAUAACUCAUUUAUGCCAAUGUCUGUAAUAGGAUUGAAACGAACGGACAGUACUGUAUCACUUGUACACCUGUGUCUCUCUAAGCUUUCUUCCUUCCUUCCUUCUGUCCCUCUGAAUCCUGCUGUAAAUCCUUUUCUUCUCUCACUUUUCCUAACUACUCUCUUGUAGUUCACACACUGGAAAAUGACCCAGUCAGGUAUGGCUCGUAAUUUCUCAAAAGCUCCCUGUAUCUGAAAUUAAAGUAUGUUAUAGAGGAAUAUACUACUUAUCACCUGAUAAAUGUAUUAAUUCUGUAAAUGUUAAUUUAUUGAACUGCUGAAGAUAUUAAAACUUGAAUUUAACAUCUAA